AUGACGACUGCGGUCUCGGCCAGCCCUUUCCACUCUGUCUCCCCAGGGAAGGCUGCCAGAGCGUGGUCUCAGAGCCAGAGGGAUGCUGCGUGCAGGAAAGGGCCCCUGCUACCAGGAAUGCUCCUCAAUGAAAGCCGCAACUGGAGAGUGCCACCCAGCAGCAGAGGCUGCCCCCGGGCAGCUGCUUGGGGCAAACGCAGCUCCAGUGGCAAGAGAGCCCCCUUGCAGGGCAAGGGGAGCGCAGGGGGAUUGGCAAGGAAGAUUGUCCCAGGCAGGCUGGCGGUACUUCCCUUCUCUUCCCUCCCUGUUCACAACUCAAACAAUGAUGGUAGUCCAUGUUAA